AAGAUCAUAAGACCGGCACAAGACCGCAGGGCGAGCAUUAUUUAUUUGAUACCUUGAUGUGGAUAUUUCUGUCACUGUCUGCAAAUACAGUGAAACCUUUUUUUUUUUUUUAAAGUAUUCAUUUCUACAACUGGAGCAUCAUCAACCGCAUGACCGGUUGCCUGAGUAACGGCAUCAGCAUCAGCAUCAGCAUCAGCAUCCGCAGCAUCAGUCACACGGCGGCUCCUGUCAAGGUCGCAGGAGAGGGAGGAGGACACCAUAGAGGGAGGGAGAAGGAGGGAGGUGGACCAGAGGGAGCUUACUCCUCCGCGCAUGCGCCCAUGCCAUAAUAGGACGCGGGCGCCGCCUCGGCUUUUGCGGGGGAUGCGGUGACGCUGCAGAGUCACGGAUUUGUGCACGUAGAAAAAACGUAGAGGGGGGCGGAGCGACGUUACGACAUCGCAGCAUUCUGUGUUUUUAUAGGUGGAUGGAGUGGAUGAGAAAGAAAAUAAAGAAAAAAUAAAAACUAGUGCGUGCUCAUACGUGCGGUUCUCCUCGCAGACUCCUGCAUGAAAAGGGAGGGAGGCUGCAGGGCUGCAGCUGCACCGAGGCUUUCUUCUUCUGUCACGACAGCUUACAGCGCCGGCGGGCGGGUCCUGCAAAUCUUUUAACCACCACCUGAAGAUCUCCUGCCUCUCUGCAUCCUUCAGUUUGGAGUAAAACAUUCUCUGGUGAUCAUCCAGCUAGAUUUCAGAAGAUGGAAGGGCAGGAAAAGCAGGUGACAGGUUAUCUCCUGUUCUCUCUGGCCACCGCCGUCAUCGGCUCUCUGCAGUUUGGUUACAACACGGGAGUCAUCAACGCUCCGGAGCAGAAACUACGAUCUUUCUUCAACGACACCUGGGUCGAGCGUUAUGGCGAGCCAAUCAGCCCGGGGGUCUGCACCAUCGUGUGGAGUAUCGCCGUCGCCAUCUUCAGCGUUGGCGGCAUGGUGGGCUCCUUCAGCGUGGGAGUCAUGGCAAACCGGUUUGGCAGGCGUCGCUCCAUGUUCCUGGUGAACUCCCUGGCGGUCAUCGGCGGCCUCCUCAUGGGCUUCUCUACCCUCUGCUCCUCCUAUGAGAUGGUGAUCGCCGGCCGCCUGGUCAUCGGCCUGUUCUGCGGCCUCUUCACCGGCCUGACUCCCAUGUAUGUGGGCGAGGUGUCGCCCACCCCCCUACGAGGAGCCUUCGGUACUCUUCACCAGCUCGGUGUGGUGCUCGGCAUCCUGAUCGCUCAGAUCUUUGGUCUGGAGGCUCUGCUGGGCUCAAGCAAGCUGUGGCCCCUGCUGUUGGCCCUCACGGUGAUCCCUGCUGUGCUGCAGUGCAUCCUGCUGCCGUUCUGUCCCGAGAGCCCUCGCUUCCUGCUCAUCAACCUUAAACAAGAGGAGCAGGCCCGCAAAGCACUGGUGCGUCUGCGCGGCAGCAAUGAUGUGAGCAAAGACAUGCAGGAGAUGAAGGAGGAGAGCGCCAAGAUGGCCAUGGAGAAGAAGGUGACCAUCCCCGAGCUUUUCCGCUCUGCGGCGUAUCGGCAGCCCCUCCUCAUCGCCGUCAUGCUGCAGCUCUCCCAGCAGCUGUCGGGGAUCAACGCUGUGUUCUACUACUCAACGGGAAUUUUUGAGUCAGCUGGAGUGAAAAAGCCCAUCUACGCCACCAUCGGAGCCGGCAUCGUCAACGUCAUCUUCACAGUUGUUUCUCUCUUCCUGGUGGAGAAGGCAGGACGGAGGACUCUGCACCUCCUGGGACUGGGUGGAAUGGCGAUCAGCGCUCUGAUCAUGACCAUCUCCCUCCUGCUGAAACACAUUACUGCAAUGAGCUACCUUGCCAUCACUGCUGUCAUGCUAUUUGUGGGUAUGUUUGAGCUGGGCCCCGGUCCAAUCCCAUGGUUCAUUGUGGCUGAGCUGUUCUCCCAAGGGCCCCGCCCGGCAGCCAUGGCUGUGGCUGGCUGCUGCAAUUGGACGGCAAACUUCUUGGUUGGAAUGAGCUUCCCCAAACUAGUGGAGGUGUGCGGGCCGUGGGUCUUCCUCAUUUUCAUGACCUUCCUCAUCCUCUUUUUCAUCUUCACCUUCCUUAAAGUCCCAGAGACGAGGGGCAAGACCUUCGACGAGAUCGCACGCUGCUUCAGUGGCGGCCAGCCCCCCGCCUCGACCGUUGAGGACCCGCUUGCCAGUGCCAGCAUUGUCACAGCAGUUCCUACGUCGCCGGUGAAGGAGAAGGUCCCGUUGGUGCAGGCGGCACCACCGGCAGCAGCAGCAGCAGCAGCAGCAGCAGAAGCAGCAGCAGCUCCAACUUCUGUAGCUGAAAGCGCGCCGCUUGAAGAUAAAUCAAACUGCACAGUGCAGGAGAGUGUGUAGACACGCUGUACCUAGAGUUCUGAUGGAUGAAGGGGGGUAUAGAUGACGGAAGAAUCCCAGAGAUUUGAAAAAAUGCUGUAAAUUGUAGUAAAGUAUCACACCUUGGAACAAUAGAAACUACAUAAUUUUAUAAUACACAAUAUCAAUUUAUAGGCUUUGACCCUUAAGAGGUCAUGCUUUCUGCUUUCACGGUAACAUUCCUUCUUUCAAAUCCUCCCUUCCUAAACUGUGAAAGGGAAGCGGUCACUGUACAAAACCGCAGGUUCGAUCUACUGUACAUUCCUAGGAAUUAAGCUACACUCAUUAAAAGUGCGAGUCUCUUUCAAGACAGCAGCUGCACGUCUAGUCAGGGCGACACUUUGUGUACACUUAAUGUACCAACAGCUAAAGGUAAAAGACUACAAGCAGAGUGCGUUGACAUUGGUGCAGGCGUUUUCCAGAGGUCAGGAGAGAGGAGAGGCGACUGAUUUUGUUCACGUAUUCCUGUUCUAGUGGAUAUUUUAGUGCAAUAUGACUUUGUAGCUGUAGUUCUAUCUAGUAAUAUCUAAUUAUGUAUGUGUUUGUUCCUGUCAUGUUUUCGGAAGUGGUCUCAAAUCACUGAGAAGGUCCGAGAAGGGAUUUUUUUAAAAACUGAAGCUUUGCCUUUCGAAGAGCUUUUUAAGCAAUGCCAAAGUGCUGAACUUUAAUCACCGUCUUGCGAACACGUGAUACGAAAUGUGUUUCUGCCGGUUGUUAAAUUCAGAGUGGGGAAUUAGCCACAGGUCAUGCUGAGUUUAUUAAUACUGAAAGAAAGUGGUUAACGCGGUAAUCCACAAGUUUAGUCGACGUUUUUUAGUGUAGAGCUACCCUGUGUGGUUUGAUGUGGAGAAAUUGGUGCUUAGUUCUCGUUUAUUCCAAACAAACACAAAUUUGUUGCAUUUACGAACUCGUCAUUGGAUGAAUUUCUUCUCUUAAAUCUAUCGAUCUGUUGUUUAAUCUUGUGGAUUAUUGAACUAUACUGCAUGGAAAAUCAUGACUUUCAUUUGACUGUAGACAAAAAAACAUGUUGGCUGAAUUGUUUCACAGAUGUAGAUCACAGUAGGGUAACGUGCAAUGUAUAUUUUUUUGUUGAAAGAGAAAAGAAAGAGAGUAUUUAUUAGCUUAGAAAUUAAUUUUUCUACAAAAAAUAGAAUUAUAUAAUAGACUAAUUUAGAAUCGUAAUGCUUUCCAGACUAGCCCCGGGUAAUGAAGCUGAAAGAGUCCGUAGUUAAAUGAGUAAAUCUCAUUUGUUGCUGUGUUUAGAUGCACUUUGUUAACCAGUUACGCAGCAAAGCGAAGAAUUAGAGCCACAAUCACCGACGUACGUAGAAUUCAUCGAGCACAACAGCGCUUUACGUCAAAUUAACUAAAUAAUAAUUAAAAACUAUUUACCCGAGCGAUUCGCAUAUACUAUAUCUGGCCAGGCUAUUAUUAGAAUAGAUGGAAGUUGUAAUAAAAUGUGCAAUCACCGAAGAAACUUCAACCUAAACGAUGUAGGAGCUGAUCAUGAAUAGAGGCGACUAAAGGGAAAGUGCAAAUACUGGUGGAAGACCAACUUGAAUUGUUCCUGUUGUUUGAUUAGAAAAUCUAAUCUGGUGCAUUUAUUUUUUAUUAUUAUUUCAUAAGAUUAUUUUGAAAGAAAUUACUGCUAUGACUAUUCACUUAUGUUGACUACAAUGAUAAUCUGAGAUUAUGUGUACCGUGACUUUACAUGUUCAGUCAAAACAAGGAGUGUUAUUCCAAAAUGAAAUGCUCUUAUUACAUGACAUUAAGUUAUUAUUGAUGCACCUUGAAGUUGACAGAUUGAAGUUUUAGUUUUUCAAACAAUAUUAAAAACUUUGAGAGGAAGCAGAGGAUAUAUUGGCCAGUUAAUUAUUAAGUAAGUUAGUUAGGAAGUUUAUGUGCCGUGCAACCAAGCAGCAGCCACGGUGGAUGUGAAGUGAAGUUUAUGCCAAAAACUGCAGUUCCUCAAACGUCCACUUGAGGCUGGUUCCAGA